AAGAGAGAGAGAGAGAGAGAAAGAUUGAUCAUUUGAGUCUUUGUUCAAACCUUUUGAGCUCAAAGAAACAAUCAAAUUGCAGACCCACCUUCUUCCUCACACCUUCUUAAAUAUAUACACACACUUAUAUACACAUAUACAUACAUACAUACACAUAUACACUUUCCUAUGAUUCUUGGAAAAUCCAUUAUUUUUUUCUUCAUUUCUUCUUACCCUUUAUUUCUUGUACAAAAAGUUUGUAAAUUUACAACAAAUCUUGCAAAAAGAUUGUAAAUUUACAAGAAAUCUUGAGGAUUCUUGUUGUGCUGAUUUUCAUAUUUAAUUACUUGGGUUUUGAGCUAUCUGCUUGAACCAAAUUAAUUUAUUCAUUUCACCAUUUGGGUGUGUGUAAAGCACCAAUCUUUUUGUUGUUUAUUGAGUGAUUCUCAUCUGGGUAUUUGUGUAAACCUGUUUCUUGAAAAAUUUCAGUAUUUUUCUUUAAAAAUUAUUACACAACAAUUUGAAAAAAAAAAAAAUGGGUACAGGGAGGAAAAAAAGGUUGCAUUUUAGCAAGAUCUAUUCAUUCAAAUGUGGAAGAAAUAGAUUUGAAGAUGAUCAUUCACAGAUUGGUGGUCCUGGAUUCUCAAGAGUUGUGUAUUGUAAUGAGACUGGUGUAUCAGAGGCUGCAAGUCAAAGUUAUGCAGAUAAUUAUGUUAGGUCAACUAAGUAUACACCAAUGACAUUCUUACCAAAAUCAUUGUUUGAACAGUUUAGAAGAGUUGCAAAUUUCUACUUUCUUGUUACUGGUAUUCUGUCAUUUACAGAACUUGCUCCUUACUCUGCUGUUAGUGCUAUUCUUCCUUUGAUUGUUGUCAUUGGUGCUACUAUGGUCAAAGAAGGUAUUGAAGAUUGGCAGAGGCAAAAACAGGAUCAUGAGGUCAACAAUCGAAAAGUCAAAGUUCAUGUAGGCGGAGGCGAAUUCAAAACAAGAGAAUGGAAAAAUCUAAGAGUUGGAGAUGUAGUUAAAGUCGAAAAAGACGAGUUCUUUCCUGCUGAUCUUCUGUUGCUUUCAUCAAGCUAUGAAGACGCAGUAUGUUACGUCGAAACAAUGAAUUUAGACGGCGAAACAAAUCUGAAGCUAAAACAAUCACUAGACGCAACUUCAACAGUUCAUAACGAUUCAGAUUUCAACACGUUCAGAGCCACUGUCAAAUGCGAAGAUCCAAACGCAAGUUUGUACACUUUUGUCGGAACAAUGGAGUAUCAAGAACAGCAGUAUGCACUUUCGCCACAACAGCUUCUGUUACGCGAUUCAAAGCUUAGAAACACGGAUUAUAUAUACGGUGUUGUGAUCUUCACGGGCCAUGAUACGAAAGUGAUCCAAAACUCUACAGAAGCACCUUCGAAACGAAGUGGGAUCGAAAGAAGAAUGGAUACCAUCAUCUAUUUCUUGUUCUUUAUCUUGUUUCUAAUGGCGUUUCUCGGGUCGGUUUAUUUCGGGAUUGUUACGAAAAGGGAUUUAGAUGGUGACAGACAGAAAAGAUGGUAUUUGGGUCCGGAUAGAGCAAAAAUAUUUUUCGACCCGAAUAGAGCUCCAGCUGCAGCAAUAUAUCAUUUUCUCACUGCUUUGUUACUGUAUAGUUACUUGAUACCGAUUUCGUUAUAUGUCUCUAUCGAGAUUGUGAAAGUGUUGCAGACGAUUUUCAUCAACAACGAUAUUCAUAUGUACUAUGAAGAAGCGGAUAAACCGGCUCACGCUAGAACCUCGAAUUUGACCGAAGAACUUGGUCAAAUCGACACGAUUUUGUCGGAUAAAACCGGGACGUUGACUUGUAACUCGAUGGAGUUCAUCAAGUGUUCGGUGGCCGGGACCGCGUACGGGCGUGGUGUUACGGAAGUUGAACGAGCUAUGGCUAAACGAACGGGGUCUCCGUUAAUCGUUAACGGUAGAGAUCAGCUUAAUGAUGAGAAUACCGAUGAUGAUUCAACAUUAUCGGUUAAAGGGUAUAACUUUGAGGAUGAACGGAUCACGAAUGGGUACUGGAUUCAUGAACCGCAUUCGGAUGUGAUUCAGAAGUUUUUUCGGUUGUUAGCUAUUUGUCAUACUGCGAUACCUGAUGUGGAUGAAGAAACGGGAAAAGUUACGUAUGAAGCUGAAUCACCGGAUGAGGCUGCUUUUGUUAUCGCUGCAAGAGAGCUCGGGUUCGAGUUCUACAAACGGACGCAAACAACCGUUUCGUUUAUGGAGUUAGAUCCGGUCACCAAGAAACAAGUCGAAAGGACGUAUGAGCUUUUAAACGUUUUAGAGUUCAACAGUGCACGAAAGAGAAUGUCCGUUAUUGUUCGGGACGACACUGGAAAGCUACUUUUACUAUGCAAAGGCGCAGACAGUGUUAUGUUCGAUAGACUCGCUAAAAACGGGAGAGAAUUCGAAGAGAGUACAAAAGAACACGUGAACGAGUAUGCGGAUGCAGGUUUAAGAACCUUAAUUCUCGCUUAUCGUGAACUCACCGAGGAAGAAUACAAAGAGUUCAAUGAAAAGUUCACGGAAGCCAAGAAUUCGGUUAGUGUCGAUCGCGAUGAAUUGAUCGAUGAAGCAACCGAAGGAAUUGAAAAAGACUUGAUACUUCUUGGCGCCACCGCCGUUGAGGACAAACUGCAAAAAGGGGUUCCGGAAUGCAUCGACAAACUGGCUCAAGCGGGAAUCAAGAUUUGGGUUCUCACCGGUGAUAAAAUGGAAACCGCCAUCAAUAUCGGGUUUGCUUGUAGUUUGCUUAGACAAGGAAUGAAACAGAUUAUUAUAACGUUGGAGUCCCCGGAAAUCAUAGCAGCCGAAAAAGACGGGGACAAAACCGUAAUUUCCAAGGUGUCGAAAGAGAGCGUUAAAAAGCAGAUACUAGCCGGAAAGGCUCAGCUUACUGCUUCAACCACUGAUCCGUUCGCACUCAUCAUUGAUGGAAAAUCUCUAGCGUACGCUCUCCAUGACGACAUUAAAAACACGUUUUUGGAGCUUGCGGUCGGUUGCGCGUCUGUCAUCUGCUGUCGGUCUUCCCCUAAACAGAAAGCACUGGUUACGAGACUCGUGAAAGAAGGAACUGGAAAGACCACUUUAGCUAUUGGUGACGGGGCGAAUGAUGUGGGAAUGCUUCAAGAAGCUGACAUUGGUAUCGGGAUUAGCGGUGUUGAAGGAAUGCAGGCGGUUAUGUCGAGUGAUAUCGCGAUUGCUCAGUUUCGGUUUCUUGAACGGUUGCUGUUGGUGCAUGGACAUUGGUGUUACAGAAGAAUUUCUUCAAUGAUUUGCUACUUCUUCUACAAAAACAUCGUAUUCGGAACCACCGUAUUCCUCUACGAAGCAUACGCCUCCUUCUCAGGCCAACCCGCGUACAACGACUGGUACCUCUCUCUCUACAACGUCUUCUUCACAUCACUCCCCGCCAUCGCUUUAGGCGUGUUCGACCAAGACGUAUCAGCUCGGUUCUGCCUCAAGUUCCCCUUACUAUACCAAGAAGGCGUCCAAAACACACUCUUCCGCUGGCGCCGCAUAUUCGGCUGGAUGCUCAACGGUCUAGCCAGCGGCGUCAUAAUCUUCUUCCUCUGCAUCCGGUCCCUAGACCCCGAAUCUUAUCGAAAAAACGGAAAAACCGCGGGGAUGGAAGUAGUGGGGGCCACAAUAUACACAUGUGUAGUAUGGGUAGCUAACUGUCAAAUGGCACUUGCAGUUAGUUAUUUUACAUUAAUUCAACACGUGUUUAUAUGGGGUGGUAUAAUCCUGUGGUACUUGUUUUUACUGGCGUAUGGCGCAAUGCCGACGAGUAUAUCGACAACUGCUUACAAGGUGUUUGUUGAAACGCUUGUACCGGCGCCAAGUUAUUGGGUUGUGACUUUAUUUGUUGUGAUAGCUGCAUUGGUCCCGUACUUCUGUUAUAAGGCGGUACAGAUGCGGUUUUUCCCGGCUUACCAUGGGAUGAUACAGUGGAUUAGGUAUGAAGGGAAUACGGAUGAUCCGGAGUAUGUUAACAUGGUGAGGCAACGGUCGAUAAGGACCACGACGGUUGGGUUUACGGCGAGGUCUAUAGCGAGGGAUAAUAAUUUGUAUCACUUGAACUUGGAACGGCAAGCGCCUAAAUGAUGAUGGUUUAUAUUGAUAGGAUUUGGUGGUUGUAUAGAUGGUGGUAGUAAAAGAUUUUGGUAGUUGUUUUGGUAAAGAAUUUGUAUUCUUUAAUUGGUGUUUUGUUGUUGUACCGAUUUCCUGAAGUUCAGGGCUGUGAAGUUUUGUUGUAAAUUAGGGAAAUUGCGUAUAGAUUGAAGAGAA